AUUGCAACCACGAUCCACGAUUGCAACUCAAAACAUAAUUUCUGAACGCUGAGAAUUUAUAUGUGGAUAAAUAAAGGCAAACGGGAUAUUGUUUUACGAACGUUUUUUAACCCCAACCGGGCGUGAUCGUAUAUGUAUUGUUGCGUUAAACGUCAAGUCAAAAAUAGAAUAUAAGUCAUAAUUUAGCAUUUAUCGUAAAAAAUGUCGAGAUUCGACGAUGGAAAAGACGUUACGGGUACGGGUUUUCGUAAAAUCGACAUUGACGAAUACAGCGAAAAUGGUUUUCAAGACGAGGAGAAUGACGGCGGAGCUAUCGGACCUACCGGACCCGAUGAAAGCGAAAUUCUUCAACUUCUCACCCAAGGAAGGAAUGCUGAUGCCCUGAUUUCUGUUCUCAAGUGUGCUCCUUUGGGCUCGAAAAAUCAACAAAUCAAGGACAAUGCAAGGAAUCUGGCACAGAAAGUACUUUUAAGCAUAAAAUCUAAUCAAAUGGAUGACUGUUUGGCGCAACUGGACCGAGAUCAGGUGGACGUACUGAUGAAAUAUAUUUACAGAGGCUUCGAAAUACCAACCAAAGACAGCAGUGCUCAUUUGUUAGUGUGGCAUGAAAAAGUGUACAACAUCAACGGAAUAGGAAGCAUCAUGAGAGUUUUAGCGGACAGUAAAAAAGCUUGAGUCGGAUUGCUCCUCUCUGUCUCUUGAUUUGUCUCUCUAACUCUCUUGCACAAGAAUUUUACGUCAUUCUGAAGGAUUACCAUUAAGUUUAUUUGGUUGACUCAAAAAGUCAGAAAAAACGAUGCAAUUGCAUCAAUUGAAAGUUUCAUGACGUCAAACUGAAUAACAGCAAUAGGUAGAUAGCCAAGUAAGAACUUUCCAUGAUAAAGGAAGAAAAACCUACAAUUAAUAAACAUGAGCUACAGGUAUAUGUGCAGAAACUGUUUUCAAUAAAAUCAUUUUUAUUUCUUCUA